AUAUAUAGUCAUGGUAGUCGAGAGUUCCCCUCAAUCAAAACAAGCUAAUUGUGCAGGACUUGCCUUGAGCUAUUUGCUUUAGCUUACGAUCUACUUUAGUGUACUUCUACGUUGAUAAUUUUAUCCUCACCCGUGUCGAGAAUGGCGUCUAUGUCCACUGCGAUGGCACUGUCGAGCUCUGUGGCUGCACCUGCAGUCAAGCUCUCCUCCAACGCUGCUUUUGGAUCGUCCGGAGUUCAGCAACUGGCUGCUGUGCGGUCGCCUGUGAAGCCGAACGCAUCCAGAGUUGUGGCUGCCAGGGCAAGCCAGUCCUCUGAGGAACAAGCCCCUGUGAAGUCUAAGGUUCUUGUGGCGCUUGUGGCCGCCGGAGCGGCAUUCGCAUUGAAUGUUACUCCUGUUGCUCCCGCACAAGCUGGGUUUUUCAGCAAUGACAUCCAGGUCGAGCGGGGCGCCACAUCCCCACAAUUCCCCGGAAACGAAGGCACUGGAACGAAGGUCGGCAACAACACGGGUAGCAGAGGGUCAGCCAGUUCUGGCACGCCCUUCGGUGAAGGCGCCGGUGGCAACUUGGUUGGAGACAACCAAGCCACCAGGCAGCUUUCGUCCACGGGAACACCGUUGGGAGAAGGAAGUGCCAGCGGCUCCGGCGUGAAUGGUGCGGAGGCGUUGAAGGUACCUGAUGUGGGACUGCCUGAUGUGUCCAACCCCUUGAACAAGAUUGGUGAGCUUAAUCCCUUGAAGAAUGGUGCACCCGAUGCAUCGAACAUCGUCGGCGACGCCAAGAAUGCUGCUCAGGACUUGGCGGGGGACGCCAAGAGUAAGAUUGGCAUGGGAGGAAUGGGAGUGCCUGAUGCAGGCAUCGUUGCUAGCAACGCCAAGGGCAUGGCCGCUGAUGCGAAGUCCAAGGUAAGUGGCGGGAUGAGUGAUCCUUCAAGCAUUGCGAGUGACGGAAAGAACUCUGCCAAGGAUUUGGUAGGCGAUGCCAAGAGCAAGUUGAGCAAUGUUGCCAGCUCUGACGUUGUCGGUGACGCUAAGAACGCUGCAAGCGAUGCUGCAAAUCGCGCAACUCAGGGAGUUGCAUCAAACAGUGCACAAGGCGUUGCGGAGAACGUGAAGAACAGCAUUGGAUUACCUAACCCCAUGGAAGCUGGGAAGGCUCUCAUUAGUAAGGUAAGCGGGAAUUAAAUGAUUUGUGCGAAGUUGAUGAAUUAAUCUCGUGCCUAGUGUUUUGCUAGAGUUGAAUCGAGUGGAACCUGUACAUGACGAGCUUGAAUGUGCGAGGAUGUUAAUCAUCGUCGUCACUCAUUGUAAAUGUAUGUAGUUAGAUGUUCAGCAUCGUAAUAAAACUUGUAUCACCUUUAUAA